AUGAAUCCAAUCAAGAGAUUGCUCAAAGUCAAAUAUCCGAUUAUUCAAGCUCCAAUGGCUGGUGCUCAAAACUCCACACUCGCCAUUCAAGUUUCCAAAUUUGGAGCAUUAGGUUCAUUACCAUGUGCCACGUUAGAUAUUGAAGAAAUGAGAAGAGAAAUUAAAAAGAUUAAAUUAGCCACCGAUCAUUCAUUCAAUUUAAAUUUCUUUUGUCAUGAAAAUCCCAAUAAUACUAAAAAUGAAAAUCAAUGGCGCCAAAUAAUUGAAAAAUAUUAUCAAGAAUUUAAUGUGGAAUUUAAAAUUUCUUCUUCAAUUUCCAGAUUACCUUUCAAUGAAAAUAUUAUUCCUGUAUUGAAUGAAUUUAAACCAAUUGUAGUUAGCUUUCAUUUUGGUUUACCUUCUAAAGAAAUUGUAAAGGAAUUGAAAAGGAUGAAUAUUAGAAUCAUGUCAAGUGCUACAACAGUUGAAGAAGCACUUUAUUUGGAAGAGAAUGGAGUGGAUAUUAUAAUUGCACAGGGAAUAGAAGCAGGUGGACAUAGAGGAAUGUUUUUAUCAAAUGAUAUUUCCACUCAAAUGGGAUUAUUUUCACUCCUACCACAAAUUGUAAAGAAAGUGAAGGUACCUGUUGUGGCUGCUGGUGGAAUUGUUGAUGCACAGACAGUAACAGCAGCAUUUCAAUUGGGAGCUAGUGGUGUUCAAUGUGGAACUGUAUUUUUAACAUGUCAGGAAUCAACUGUUAAAUAUAAACAGUUAUUGACAGAUGUUUCAUUACCAACUGCAGUGACUAAUAUAUUCACAGGAAGACCUGCUCGUUCCAUUGUAAAUAGAGCAAUGAAAGAAAUUGGAACUAUUUCAGAAUAUGCACCACCCUUUCCAAAAUCAACCAAUUAUUUCACACCACUGAGAAAUCAUUUGGAGAGAGAAUUAAAUUUCGACUUUUCUCAAUUGUGGUCUGGACAAAAUAGAACCAAUUGUAAAUUAGAUUCAACAAGUCAUGAAAUACUUCAAGAUUUAAUACAAGGAAUACCUUGA